AACCCAACCACAGCGGAGGCAGCAUCAAUCAAACCCUCCUCAAGGUGGAAAGGUACUCCCAACAAUCCGGCGUCACUUCCCCUUUCUCCCUCUCCCCCUCCACCUUCCUUCGUUCCCCACCGAACAGACCGUCCUCCUCAUGGCAACAGAACCUCUGCAGUGCAAGACUCUGGUGCUCCGGGUGUCCAUCCACUGCGAGGGAUGCAAGAAGAAGGUGAAGAAAGUGCUGCAGAGCGUCGAUGGCGUGUACAGAUGCGACAUCGACGCCCGGAGCAACAAGGUGACGGUGGCCGUCACCGGGAACGUCAGCGCCGACGCUCUGCUCAAGAGGCUCCGCAGGUCGGGCAAGAAUGCCCAGCAGUGGCCGGAGCAGCAGCUGGCCGUAGGAACCCAGAGACCCGGAGAAACCAAGAACGACUCCAUCCAGCCAGACAAGCCCGGUGGCACUGGCACCGCCCACAAGCCGGCGUCCGGCGACGCGGAGACAAGCGCCGCAGGGCAGAGCAACUCCAAGGCCACCCCUGAAGAAGAUCCCAACAAAGUCGCCCGCGAGACCGUGAAGCCAGCUCAAGACGACACGGAGAGCACCAACGCGGACGCCGGCGGCGUCGACGAUGUCAGCCAUCGCAGCAAGGAGCCCACGGCGGAGCAAUGCAACGGCCCCCAGAGGAAGCGGAAGCAGCUGCGGCCGGAGGAGGAGAAACCGGUCGAUGCCAUCGCCACGGUGGUGGUGGCGGCAGCAUCGGACCAAGGCAGCCACACCUGCCACUCGCCACCACACCUGCAGCAGCAGCCGCCGCCGGCCUCGGUGCACGUCCUGAGCUACAGCAUGGCGCGGCCGAGCGCGAGCGCGGCAUACUACGCCGCCGCGCCGGCGACGGCAGCGCCAGACGCGAGGUCCCUGCCGCCGCAGGAGCUCCCGUACACGUACCCACCGUGCUGCUACUACUCGCAGCCGUCGCCUUGGGCGCCGCAGACGGGCGCGGCUUCGCCGGCGCGCUACUCCUACGCCGAUCUUUUCAGCGACGACAAUGCCAACUCCUGCACCGUGAUGUGAGGGAGCUGUAAGAAUUGGCUUAACCUUAAUUUACCGUCAAGUUAGUUGAGUCUAUCUAAGGAUAGUUAGUAGAUUGUGCUACUAGUAGAAACAUCACGAGGUUCUGAUGUUCAUCACGCGAGUCCAGGCUCGAAGCAGUUUGUAAGGUGACAUUUCUUGUGCUUGUGAUGACCCAACUUUGUAAAAUUGUUAAGGUAACCUGGCCAUCAGUGUCUUUAAUUGGUCAGGUUUAUCUUUUCCUCUUUUCAUUUUCUUGUUGUAUCUAGAUGCAAAUUAUUUGCCAAA